AUGACAGAAAUAUUAUUGAAAUGUUUAUUGGUCCUUUGCUUGGCAAUUACAAUAUCUUUUGCCUUUCCAUCACCUACAGACCCAUAUGGUUCUUCUGUAUGGACUAAAGGUCAAAAAGUCACAAUCAAAUGGUCCGAAAAUGAGGAUAAGCCGCUAACAUCUAAUUUUACUGGGAUAACGAUUCAACUUAUGACGGGGCCAGACCUCCAACAAAUCCCUCUGGUCACCAUUGUCGACAAACUUUCAAAAAGCGCAACAUCGUAUUCCUAUACCGUGCCAUCGCCUAAAACUUUAGGGUAUCCUUCAGGGAAAAUAUAUUUUUUAAUGUUUUCCGAUUCAAAGAACCCUUCUUUUGGUUAUAGUUGGACCACAAGGUUUACGAUUCUAGAAAGUUCAUCUGCAACUACAACAGGUUAUGAUCCGGGAGAUCCAUGGACAAUUACUGGAGGUUCAACACCAACCAAAAGCUCCACAUCCGAGACUCCAAAUGUAAUGAAAACCACAGACGAACCUACUUACACUCAACCGUCAAUACCAUCAGCAAACACAACUCCCGACAAUCCUUUUUCUUCCAGCAAUAGACUAAAUGCGAUUGGUGGAUGGAGUAUAUUAAUCGUGAUGAUCUCGAUGGUUUUCUUAAUAUGA